AUGACUUGUGCUCGCGACGACUCUCAGACCCUCGCACGCUCACACGCUGCCUCCAAGCAGACAACUCCGCCUGGAGCUGACAUCGGCGACUAUCUGGUGAAGGCCAUGAUGACUGGCAUGGCCGUGAGCUCGCUGGUGGAAAGCGUCUCGAGAGCGAUCAGCCCGAUCUUGACCAAUGACGUCGACAAGCAGCAGCCGAGGAAGCAUCCGGAGCAUCUGACAAUCAGACUAGACAUGUCAGAAGCAAGCUCGCCCGAAGACACGCCCAGCCAACGCCAUGCCGAAGCGGCUGUAAGACCCGACGCUCCCUUGUUGCCGAGCUUCACGGCCGGCGGGAGACGCAAGUCAGCUCUGCGAUUGUCGACGCCUCCCUCUCCGCACAGCUCCAGCCUGCCGUCUCCGGUGGGGAAGAAAUCGAUCCGCUUCAUGGACGACCAAGCCCCGCAAGCCCCGCAAGCUCCAAGGUCCCCCAUAUCGUCUGCGAGCUCAGCGCGUGCCGAGUCCCGUGCAUCAGACCAGCGCAUUGCGCGGUAUGGGGCACCGCAGCCUUGUAAAGCAGACAAGAGCAGGAAGGCUAGGCAAGACCCUACGAUCGCCGCCAGCUCCAGCGCCGUCGCUGGUCAACGUCGGGCUGAGGCGGACGAGUGGUGGGCAAGGGUCAACUCGAGCGCGCAGCUGACACGAGAAGCCAAACAAGCAGUCCAGCUCCACGCUGACCAGGCGCGGAUGAGGUCUACGAAGAGUCGCUUGGCUGAUCAUCGAUCGUCUCUGAGCAUGCCAGACCGGCACCUGAUGGAGAUAGCGAUGCAGAGUGGGAGGCGAUAUAGCGAUACAAAGGGAAUGUUCUUGCAAGAGUAUAAAAUGUACAAGUGUGUAAACGAGUGGAUGAGUGAAAAACAUUGGAAAAGAAAGCUCUUUUACUUGUAUGGAGCUGACUCGACGUCUCGGCUAGCAAGGGGACAGCAUCCAAUGACUUGUGCUCGCGACGACUCUCAGACCCUCGCACGCUCACACGCUGCCUCCAAGCAGACAACUCCGCCUGGAGCUGACAUCGGCGACUAUCUGGUGAAGGCCAUGAUGACUGGCAUGGCCGUGAGCUCGCUGGUGGAAAGCGUCUCGAGAGCGAUCAGCCCGAUCUUGACCAAUGACGUCGACAAGCAGCAGCCGAGGAAGCAUCCGGAGCAUCUGACAAUCAGACUAGACAUGUCAGAAGCAAGCUCGCCCGAAGACACGCCCAGCCAACGCCAUGCCGAAGCGCCUGUAAGACCCGACGCUCCCUUGUUGCCGAGCUUCACGGCCGGCGGGAGACGCAAGUCAGCUCUGCGAUUGUCGACGCCUCCCUCUCCGCACAGCUCCAGCCUGCCGUCUCCGGUGGGGAAGAAAUCGAUCCGCUUCAUGGACGACCAAGCCCCGCAAGCCCCGCAAGCUCCAAGGUCCCCCACAUCGUCUGCGAGCUCAGCGCGUGCCGAGUCCCGUGCAUCAGACCAGCGCAUUGCGCGGUAUGGGGCACCGCAGCCUUGUAAAGCAGACAAGAGCAGGAAGGCUAGGCAAGACCCUACGAUCGCCGCCAGCUCCAGCGCCGUCGCUGGUCAACGUCGGGCUGAGGCGGACGAGUGGUGGGCGAGGGUCAACUCGAGCGCGCAGCUGACACGAGAAGCCAAACAAGCAGUCCAGCUCCACGCUGACCAGGUGAUGCAGCCAGGCGACAUCUUGCUUGCUGGCAAGUGA